UCUGCUCCAGCAGUCUUGCUCUCUUUUCUCUCUGCCAAGAUAGAAUACGUCUUUGAUAAUCACAAUAAGAUUUAUCAUUUAUUAUUGCUCAACUGCACUAAUUUGAUCUAUUAUUUUGCUUUUAAAGGUGAACUGACUUUUUAAAAAUGGAUAAGUUUCGAAUUAUGGUCCAGUUCCUGCAAGCCAACCAAGAGUCGUUCAUGAAUGGCAUCUGUGGGAUCAUGGCUCUGGCAAGUGCUCAGAUGUAUUCCUCUUUUGAGUUCACCUGUCCUUGUCUUCCAGACUACAAUUAUGCGUAUGGAAUCGGCAUUCUAAUUGUUCCGCCAAUAUGGUUCUUUUUACUUGGCUAUGUACUUAACAACAACAUAUCAGUGUUAACCGAGGAAUGGAAGAGACCGGUUGGAAAACGCAGGAAGGAUCCGGCGGUUUUGCGCUACAUGUUCAGCUCCAUGACGCAGCGCGCUCUCAUCGCUCCGGCUGUAUGGGUAGCCGUGACUUUAAUGGAUGGCAAGAGUUUUUUGUGUGCUUUCAGCGCCACGGCGGAUUUAUCUGAGUUCCUCAACGAGACCUAUCCAAGCUUAUCCAAAAAGGAGCUUCUGAAAUUACAGGCAAGGAUUCCAUGCAUAGACGUAUUUGAUGGCAAUGAGAUUAUUUCCAGAGAAGCGGCCACUAGGUACAUUCGCUGCUUGUCACAGGCCUGUGGAUGGACCUUUUUAAUGGUAAUAACUAUAGCAGCCUUCUUGAUAAGGGCGAUAAGACCUUGUUUUACACAAGCCGCUUUUCUUAAAACCAAAUAUUGGUCGCACUACAUUGAUACAGAGCGCAAACUAUUCGACGAAACAUGCAAAGAGCACGCCAAGAGCUUUGCUAAGGUCUGCAUACAGCAAUACUUCGAGAGUAUCAGUGGUGAAAUUGUUCCACAGUUCCAGCUACCUACAAAGAAAAAGAAAGGCAACAAAGAUGAUGAUGGGGAAAAACAGAAGAGUGACGAGGAGAAGCUUCUUGGAAUCCGUAAAGAAGAAGACAUGAAUAAAGUGCUGUGGAACUGGCAUACAUGUAAACCCCCACUAUUUCUGAACAAACACGCUGAAUAUAUGAAUAUGAAUGGACAUGCAUGCUUGGAUACGCUCAGCCUCUCAGAUGAGCGCUACACUCACACACCUAUGAAAAACACAGCUGUGGCAUACUACUCCAAAGUCUGACUUCAUGGUUUAAUCUUAGUCUGGUAUAGCAGUACUCACUGUCAAGAUCUCAUUUCUAUUCACUGCAUGCCAUUUCUUAUUUGAUACCCUCCUGAGACUCAGUAGUCAUUCAAUCAGUCACUGUUCUAAACGUGUUGUUUGUUACUAUAAAUAAAUGAGAACAUAAAAUAAUAGGAUAAUAUGGGCUUUUCUGUGAUAACACAAAGCAACACGCAGGUGUGACCAAUUUGACAAUAUUAAUAUAAUGAUAAUGGCGAUGUUAAUAAGGAAUGUCACUCUUAUCUAAGUUAUAGCUAAAAGUUUAAUUCAGGAAGAGUUUGUUAAUGUAAUCAGUCAUAGGAUAGGCUGUCAAAGACAUAACAGCAGCUGCUAACGUCACUCCGGAGGUUAUAUUUACAGUAUUAUCGCCUACUAAUAGCAAGUUGCUAUGGCUGCUAAAGCGAUCAAAGUAGGUUACCUACAUCAUAAAUUAUGUUUCCCAUAGUCACAGACAAUGUUAUUGUCCAACAGAAGCUGCUGCAGCAGUAUGCAACUGUAUAGCUUGCUUAGUAGGCCAGACUUUUGCGUUUACACAACCUGGUAGUCUUAAACUCUUCAGUUUAAAGCAGCAGUAUUUAUUACUAACUCAUAAUUGAUUAUGUAUGUGAUUUUAGGAUAUUUAAGGAUAUCUUAAAGCAGUGGAUUUCAGGUUCCAGGACCCUAUAGGAAGCUUCAGCAAACUAACAAGAGGGCCUCAAGAUGAAUUAAAAUGUUUUAAAAUAAGAAAAAAAAAAAAAAAAAGGAAAUUCUAAAUGUCAUUAUUUAAAUUUGGAACUAGGCCUAGUUACUUGUUUUAUGUAUGAACACUAUCCCAAUUUCUGUAAACUGGCUUUGAAUAUAAUUUUGGACAGUGGAUGUAGUCAUAAAGGUUAAGAACCUCACUUCAGAACUCAUUUACUCUCCUGUGGCCUGUCAUGGGGAAUCUGUUUCAUGUCAUUGUGGUGAUGAUCUCUUCAUUCCAAGAUGCUCUGUGCACUUCAAUGUUCCUUAUUUUGUAUGUCUCUUUAAUUAAACACACCUAGUUUAAUUCCAAGACCUGCGAAAGGAGUGUCAGAUAAUUGAGACAAAAAAUGAACUGUAACCACUGGCAUAUCCAUUCUUACUGGGUCUCUCUCAGGAGGCAUUUUGAACAAUACUUUGGACGACAUUUAUAUGUAGAGAGAGAAAAAUAUUUUUUUUUUUUUGUCUGAUCUUUCUCAUUUACUUUAGCCCAACCUGUUUAAGUUAAAUGCUUGUUAGUUCCACUGGGGCUGAAACCAGAUUGUAAUUGCCAUCGGUGAUUCACUGCUGUAUGUACAUAACAGACAGAGCGAGGGAAUGAUCUCACUUCUUGACCACAACAAAUACAGUGACAUACAGACAGGUUUUUGUUUGGUUUUUACGAUCUGCUUCAGCUUGUACAUAUUUUUUAAACUUUGUGGAUGUUCAGCAAGACCAUUUGUACUCCCUGGCGAUCAAAUGUAAGUCUUCAUUUUUAGAAAUGUUUCGAUUUUUCAGUUGAUAUUUGGUUUUUGGUAAUUAAUUUGAGUGGCACAUAGAGGCUUGAGGAAACUGCCCAAUUAAUUGUUUUUAUAUGAACUGAAUGUACGACUACAUCAUUAAUUUAGAAAUUGUAUAAUGAAACUGUUUUUGUUUUGCCCCUCUUUUUAUGUUUAACUGUGUCAAC